CAUGGCUUUCCUGGAGGAUGGGAACCACACUGCAGUGACAGAGUUCAAUUUAUUGGGAUUGACAGAUGACCCAGUCCUGAGAGUCGUCCUCUUCACCAUCAUCCUGUGCAUCUACCUGGUGACUGUGUCUGGGAAUCUCAGCACCAUCCUUCUCAUCAGAGUCUCUUCCAAGCUCCAUCACCCCAUGUACUUCUUUCUCAGCCACUUGGCUUCUGCUGACAUAGGCUACUCAUCUUCUGUCACACCCAAUAUGCUUGUCGACUUUCUGGAGGAGAAAAGUACCAUUACCUACUUUGGAUGUGUCAUUCAGCUCGGCUCAGGUGCUUUCUUUGGGACAGUUGAGUGCUUCCUUCUAGCUGCCAUGGCUUAUGAUCGCUUUGUGGCAAUCUGUAGCCCACUGCUUUAUUCCGUGAAGAUGUCCACACGAGUCUGUGUCCAGCUGCUUAUAGUAGCAUACAUAAGUGGCUUUCUUAAUGCUUUGUCCUUCACCCUUUCCUUCUUUUCUUUUUUCUUUUGUGGACCAAAUAAAGUCAACCAUUUUUUCUGUGAUUUUACUCCUUUAGUUGAACUCUCCUGUUCUGAUGACAGUGUCUCUAUUGUUCUGGUCACUAUUUCUGUUGGCAUUGUCGUUGUGAGCACAGUGCUUGUCGUAGCCGUCUCCUACACUUACAUCCUUGUCACCAUCCUGAAGAUGCGUUCCACUGAGGGCCGCCACAAGGCCUUCUCCACUUGCACCUCCCACCUCACUGCAGUCACUCUGUUCUAUGGCACCAUCACAUUCAUCUAUGUGAUGCCCAAGUCCAGCUACUCCACAGACCAGAACAAAGUAUUGUCUGUGUUCUACAUAGUAGUGAUCCCCAUGUUGAACCCUCUCAUCUACAGCCUCAGGAAUAAUGAGAUUAAGGAUGCCCUGAGGAGACAACUUGAUAGGAAAAUAUUUUCUUAG